AUGUUUGGAGGCAUCAAGGCCACUUUCUUGACUGACUAUGCACACACUGUUGUCAUUCUGAUCAUCCUCUUGAUGUUUGCCUUCACCGCAUAUGCGACCAACGAGAAUCUCGGAAGCCCUGGGAAAGUCUUCGAUCUACUGGUACAAGCCGCAUCGGAUCACCCAGUCGAAGGGAACGCCGGAGGCUCUUACCUAACCAUGCGAUCGAAAGAAGGUGCAAUCUUCUUCGUGAUCAACAUCGUGGGCAACUUCGGUACUGUGUUCUGCGACAACGGAUACUAUAACAAAGCCAUCGCUGCCAGUCCCGUCGAUGCUCUUCCCGGAUACAUCAUUGGUGGUCUGUCCUGGUUCGCGAUUCCAUGGCUAGCCGCUACCACGAUGGGUCUCAGCGCGAUCGCCCUGGAGAACAACCCUGUUUUCCCCGGCUAUCCUAACCGCAUGGCUGAUGCUGAUGUGACGGCUGGGCUUGUGUUGCCCACGGCCGCUGUUGCCCUGAUGGGUUCGGGAGGAGCGGCUGCAGUUCUGCUUCUCGUCUUCAUGGCUGUGACCAGCGCCAUGUCUGCUGAGCUGAUUGCCGUUUCUUCCAUUUUCACCUAUGACUUCUACCAGACUUAUGUCAACCCUAAAGCUACAGGGAAACAACUCAUCUACAUGUCUCACACCAUGGUUGUCGGCUUCGCUGUCGCAAUGGCAGCCUGGAGUACAGGGCUUUACUACAUCGGCAUCAGCAUGGGCUACCUAUAUCUCCUCAUGGGCGUCAUAAUCUCGUCCGCUGUCCUGCCCGCCACUCUAACGCUGAUGUGGUCGAAGAUGAACUGGGUCGCAGCAACCUUCACACCACCUCUCGGCUUCGCCUGCUCCCUUAUUGCUUGGCUCGUCACCGCACAGAAAGAGAGUGGAGAACUCACUGUGCUCACUACCGGCGCCAACAACCCUAUGCUAGCAGGAAACGUUGUCGCCCUCCUCUCUCCCAUUGUUUUCAUCCCCGUCUUCACGUACGCUUUCGGACCCCAGAACUACGAUUGGCAGAGCAUGAAGGCUAUCCGUAGAGGCGACGACCACGAUCUUGCUCUUGACGCGAAUGUCGACCUAGAACGAAUCCCCGGUGAACAACGACGAGCCAUCGAAGCUGAUGAAGAGGAACAAGCCAAGUUGCUCAAAGCAUCGCGUAUUGCGCGCUGGCUCACGCUCUUCAUGGCAAUAUCAUUCCUCGUGCUUUGGCCCAUGCCCAUGUACGGUUCUUCGUAUAUUUUCAGCAAGAAGUUCUUCACUGGAUGGGUUGUUGUGGGCAUUUUGUGGAUGUUUUGCUCGUGCUUCGCAGUAGGGUUGUAUCCGCUUUGGGAGGGGAGAAAAACAAGUGUCAGGACAUUCAAGUCGAUCUACAUGGACAUCACUGGGAGGAAGAAGCCGGGUAAGGGGCCAAUGGUUGUGGAUGGUGAAGGCACGGAUACACCCCCGGAAGCUAUGCAUGAGAAGAUGGUGGAGAAAUGA